ACUCCAACCCCUAUCCGUCGCUCCCCCGGCAUCACAAAUUCACAAGUCCACUUCUCACCAUGGGAAUCGAGAACCCUACGCAGGCACCUCCCGCUCCCAUGGCGCCAGCCACCAGGCUGCUCCUCUCCCUCUCCCUCGUUCUCCUCGCCUCCGCCGCCGCGGGCUCCUCGCCGUCGUCGGACGCGGAGGCGAUCUCCCGGUUCCAGGAGUACCUCCGCAUCGACACGGCGCAGCCGGCGCCAGACUACGCCGCGGCCGUGAACUUCCUGCGGGACCAGGCCGCCGCCGCGGGGCUCGAGGCGCGGACGCUGGAGCUCGUCGCCGGGAAGCCCCUGCUGCUGCUGCGGUGGCCCGGGCGUCGGCCGUCGCUCCCUUCUAUACUCCUCAACUCCCACACCGACGUCGUGCCGUCGGAGCCGCACAAGUGGGACCACCCGCCCUUCUCCGCUGCCCUCGACGAAGCAUCCGGUCGCAUCUACGCGCGCGGCUCUCAGGACAUGAAGUGUGUGGGGAUGCAAUAUCUCGAAGCCAUACGCAAUCUCCGUGGUGCAGGCUUUGUCCCAGAUCGAAACAUCUAUAUGACAUUUGUUCCCGAUGAAGAGGUUGGUGGGCAUGAGGGUGUUGAGGUAUUUGUUGCAUCAAAGGAGUUUAAAGACAUGAAUGUGGGGUUGGUUCUUGAUGAGGGUCUUGCAUCUCCUAGGGAGGAGUACCGGGUGUUCUAUGCGGAGCGUAGCCCUUGGUGGCUUACUAUAAAAGCAAGGGGUGCACCAGGGCAUGGUGCAAAAUUGUAUGAUGGUAGUGCUAUGGAGAAUUUGAUGAAGAGCGUGGAGGCUAUUCGGAUGUUCAGGACAUCACAGUUUGAUUUAGUAAAGUCCGGAGAGAAGGCUGAAGGAGAUGUUGUGUCAGUGAAUUUUGCAUACCUGAAGGCUGGCACAGCGACACCAACGGGUUUUGUCAUGAAUCUCCAACCAUCUGAAGCAGAGGUGGGUCUUGACAUCCGAAUCCCUCCUAGCGCUCAUGUUGAAGCACUAGAGAGGCGUCUUACUGAAGAAUGGGCACCUUCCUCACGCAAUUUGACCUUCGAGUUUAAACAGAAGAUGUCUGUCCUCGACAACUUUGGGAAGCCAUCCAUGACUCCUGCUGACAGCUCGAAUCCAUGGUGGCCGGUGUUUGAAGAAGCCGUGAAGAGUGCCGGCGGCAAACUUGGUAAGCCGGAGAUAUUUCCGGCCUCUACUGAUGCUCGUUACUUCCGGAAGAUUGGAUUACCAGCAUUCGGUUUCUCUCCUAUGGCAAACACACCAAUACUGCUCCACGAUCAUAACGAGUUUCUGAGCAAAGAUGAGUACCUCAAAGGAAUCGGGAUAUACGAAUCCAUCAUCAGGGCGCUGGCAACUCACAAAGACGAGGAGUCAAGGGCAGAGCUAUGAGAAAUCUUUGACCUUGCCUUGUUGCAAUUCUUGCCACUCGAUUGGAGCGCCGAAAUCAUGUUUAGGCAAUGCUGCUGCUUAUGUUUCUGCUCCCACGGUGAAAUCAAAACAGCAAACACGUUCCUUGUACAUUUUCAAUAAAUUUUAACGCUCAGAAUAAUUGUACUGCAGCUGCGGUUCCUCUGCAUGCUUCAGGAUUCAUGAUAUUGCUACAUGAUGGGUCACUGCUGUAUACACCUUGCAGUUAUUCACUGAAUUUUUCAGCU